ACAAACUACAACAUGCAUUCCCAAAUGUACCAAGACUUCCGCAGUUUGAGUAGUUCAUCUUUAUCCAAUUUAACCAAUUUAGGACUCAAAUCUCUCUAUUUAAUGUCAACAACAAUUGUCGUCUCCUGUCAAGAUUCUGCGAGCUCUUCCUGAUCAGCUCCUCCCUGUAUUUCCUCGUUCACGAAGAAACUCACGAUAGGCAGAAGAAACGAAUACUCCUGGGAGGAAACGGUCAGUUUUACCUUUCUGGGAAGAAGACUUGAAGCUACAAUGGCUGGCGGGGCAUUUGUUGACGGAGGAGGAUCGAGGGCUGCUCACUAUGAGUAUAAGAUUACGUCAUAUUUUAUCACUGCUUGCCUUAUUGGCUCUUUUGGAGGAUCCCUCUUUGGCUACGAUUUGGGCGUUUCUGGAGGAGUGACUUCAAUGGAUGACUUCUUGAUAAAAUUCUUCCCCAAAGUGUACGAAAGGAAACACCACCAUUUGACUGAAACAGAUUAUUGUAAAUAUGAUAAUCAGGUUCUCACUCUCUUUACCUCCUCCCUGUACUACGCUGCACUUCUUUCAACUUUGGGGGUGUCAUACGUGACCAGAAAUAAGGGCAGGAGGAUGAGCAUUAUGUGUGGGGCAGUCAGCUUCUUUGCUGGAGGACUUAUCAAUGCAGCAGCCGAGAACAUUGCGAUGCUGAUCAUUGGCCGAUGCCUGCUUGGUGUCGGCAUUGGGUUUGGGAAUCAGGCGGUCCCUCUGUAUCUUUCAGAAAUGGCACCUGCUAAAAUCCGAGGAGCAGUUAACCAACUGUUUCAACUAACAACCUGCUUGGGAAUCCUUGUUGCCAACUUAAUAAAUUAUGGUGUCCAAAGCAUUCAUCCAUGGGGCUGGAGGUUAGCCCUCGGUUUAGCCAUGGUUCCUGCUGCUAUAAUGUUCGUUGGUGGACUUUUUGCUCCAGAGACCCCAAACAGUCUUGUUGAACAGGGUAAACUAGACGAAGCAAGAAAGGUGCUGGAGAAAGUGAGAGGGACACCUAACGUGGAUGCUGAAUUUGCUGACCUAUUAGAAGCAAGCGAAGCAGCACGAGCUAUAAAGAAUCCGUUCUCAAAUCUGUUAAAGAGGAAGAACCGCCCCCAGCUUAUAAUAGGAUCCCUUGGUAUUCCAGCGUUCCAACAGCUCACUGGCAAUAACUCCAUUCUUUUCUAUGCCCCUGUCAUAUUCCAGAGCUUAGGUUUUGGGUCCAAUGCCUCCCUUUACUCCUCUGUCAUUACAAAUGGUGCACUAGUUGUAGCUGCCUUGAUCUCUAUGUCUCUCGUUGACAAGUUUGGCAGGAGAAAAUUUUUCCUCGAAGCUGGUUGUGAAAUGAUAAUCACCAUGGUUGCUGUUGGUGUUACGCUGGCUUUGAAAUUUGGAAAGGGUGAGGAGCUCUCCAAAGGAAUUAGUGCUUUCCUUGUCAUUAUGAUCUUCGUGUUCGUUCUGGCUUAUGGAAGGUCCUGGGGUCCUCUGGGUUGGUUAGUUCCAAGUGAGAUCUUUCCCCUGGAGACGAGGUCGGCUGGCCAAAGUAUUGUCGUUAGCGUGAAUAUGCUCUUCACGGCUCUUGUUGCUCAGUUUUUCCUGAAAGCUCUCUGCGGACUUAAAUUCGGUAUCUUUUUGCUGUUUGCUGGUCUAAUAAUUUUCAUGAGCUGCUUUGUAUACUUCCUCUUGCCCGAGACCAAGCAAGUCCCAAUAGAGGAGAUCUAUUUGCUGUGGCAAAGCCACUGGUUUUGGAAGAGGUACUGCGCACCUGAUGGCAAUGAAGAUGGACAGGAGAUACAAAAACCAAGAAAACCCAAUAAUGAAACAGCCUAGAGAAUAGGUCUGAGGGAGCUACUUUCUUUCUGUGCCUAAUUAUUUUGCGUCCUGACAUACCUAGGGCACAUUUUCUUUUGCUUUUGUGUUUAUGGGUCUGUGCUUUUUCCUUGUUUGGAUAAUUUUACUUCAAGAAUGGGGAAGUACAAGUCAUAAUCUGAUAAGCAGAUUUACAUGUAAUA